AUGUGGGAAUUAAUAUUAAUACUUAUUAUAAUAACAUCUGUUUCAUCAAAACAAGAAAUAAAUCCCAAUAAAAAUGAAAUAUUUAGAAAUGAACAAAUAAUAUUUUCUUCCGAGUUCAAUAUUACUAAAAUAUUGGUACCACCGGAUGGCAAUAAAUACAUACAGACUGAAUCUUCUGAAACGCCAUCCAUAUUUUUCACGAUAUCAGAUCCUAGAUUAGAAGGAGAUAGUUGUAUUUACGUAUUAGAAGGAUUUGCAGCUUACGAAAUUCUAGAAGGAGGUCGAGAUUCAACAGCAGACUACAGCCUUGAUAAAACAGUAUAUUUUGGUGCGAGAGAUGGUAUUUACAAAUAUAAUCCUGAAACGUUAUCAGCUAAGAGAUUUUGUCCUUUCAGAGACGAUAUCAUACAGAUACAGAAAGCAAAAGGUGUUGAUGUUAUUUAUAUUCUAAAUUCAGAUCAUAAGAUGUUUAAGGUCGAAAUGAACGGGACUGUGAAGACUAGAGUGCAAGCAAUAACCUGUGCAUUAGAAUUUGUUUUGGACACUUCUAAUAAUAUAUAUUACGUUUCCUGUGAUGACCAUAUGCCACAUAUUGUUAGAUCAGAUGGCAGUAUACAUAAUAUAAUAGCAAGCGUGAUAGAAGACUUCAAAGAUAUAAAAUUAUUAAGACCUGCAUUCAUUAUGGAAAAUUGCGUGCCAUUUUUUGGAGACGGUAACUUGUAUAUACUAUAUGUUAAUGGUACAAGUGAAAAAAAGGAUUUUUCUAUUAGAGAGGAACCAUCAGCUUUCAGUGUUGAUGCUACUUUAUAUCUCGUUGCAGCAUUAAAUGGUAAAAUCUAUGAGUUUAAUGUAAUGGAGGUGUUAUUAAAAUCAAUGUUUGGUGUCGUAUCAGAUUGGCCGAAAGAUGUCACUAAAAUUAUUAUGUCUAUAAUAGAAACGGCUAAAGAAAAUAUGUUCUAA